UUCCAAUAAAUAUUCCCGGCAAUUGCAGGUUCUUUCCAGGGAAUUUCCAUAAAACUUCCAGACCACACUUUCCCGGCUGAAAAAAUAAUGAGUUUUGUGAGAAAAAUUCUUCAUCUUCCUGGCAGUUUCCGGCUCGUAGUGCGACAUUACGCCUUUAAACCGGAAGUCCCGAUAAAAUGGGUUCGCCCGGAGAAGAUUUGCUGUACGCGUCCGGAGAGAAGCGGUGAUAUGGUUGGUUCUCCGUCUGUGGAUGUCACCCUGCCUGUAGUUGAAUAUGAAGACUGCAAACUCCUGGAGACAGCUGAUGAGGAAGUCCGGAAGCUCUUUACCCUCGAAAGUUUUCCCGCAAAGAAAACUGCUCACUAUUUGAGGGGCAACAUGAAAGCUGAAGUGCAGCGGCAUGCUCUUGAUAUUGGAUCAAUGGAAGCAAGAAUAGCCGAUCAAACUGCUCGUAUCCGACGACUGCAAGACAUUGCGCUACAGCAUCCACGGAACAGGAAGCUGAAAGUCUUCCUGAAGGAAUUGAUUGAAAAGAGAACUUCUUACCUGGGAAUUCUUCGUCGAUGGGAUUACCGGAGGUUCGAAUGGCUCCUGGAUCGUCUUGAUCUCAUCUACAAACCCCAACCCCAUGAAAUUCCUCUCGUGGGCAGGAAAUAUGCCAUCCGGAAGCUAACAGACAAGCAUUGUGAGGACAUCCGAGAGAAGAAGCUUACAGACUAUCGUCAGCAUCUUGAAUCCCAGCAAAUUGAUUUCCUAAAGCGCAAAAUUGAGAAUCUACAAUUCAUCCUGAAGGAGCAGGAAGAACUGAAGAUUCCCCAAACUGUGACUCCAGAACAAAUAGAGGAGACACAAAAGAAGCUGGAGGAAGUGCAGCAGAGACAAGCGCAGAAGCAAUAAGGCAGUGAGUUUUGUUAAAUAUUAUUAUUUUGUAAAAAAAAAUCAAAGAGAAUUUUAGUAGAAAAAAAUAUCAGUGUGUAAAAGUCCA